AUGGUCACUCUUGGGGACACAAACAGUUCACCUUUUGGAGACAAACUGAAUUGGAUUAUCUUGGGGAAAAAUGCAGACUGUGGGGGUGACCGUGCAGUAGAUGGAUUGCACAGUGCAGCUCUUCAGCCAUCACUGGAUCCAUCAGCCAGUGAAACUUUGCCUGUUAAAAAUCAUUUAACAAGUGACACAGAACAUGAAGACUUAAAAAUAAGCCAUGAUCUAAGCACGCAGGUGCCUGAAAGAGAGAAUAGUUCUGAUUCGGAAAUACUUUCUACCCAGCAAAGUACAGUUGAUCUCGGAGAUGAUUUUAAAGUGGUGGGAUCUUUGCCUAUGAACCAACAAGAGAGUGGAACCCCAAAUGUAGCUACUCCACAGGUGCUGCUUCCUUUCCUUCAGAACUUGUGCACUCAGGUAAAUCACCUUCGGCUGAAGGAUGGCAACAGGCGCUCUGAUAAACAUGCAGUGGCUAAGGAGGAGGGCAUUCAGUGUGUGGGAGUGGAACAACAGCCUAUUUGCUCCUAUUUGGAAAAGAUGAUCUCCAAAAAUAUGGAUCUGAUGGAGAAAAAACUAAUGGACUAUAUUGAUCGCCAAAUCCAGGCUCUGCAGGCACAUAUAGAUAAUAAAAUGGUUCUCUUAAUGGACCUGGUUCAGAACUCGCAGCCAAACAGAAUUUCACAAGCACACUAUGAUUCUAAUGGAGGGUUCUCUAAUGGAGAGAGAUAGAUGUGUGUAGAUAGAGGACUUCAAGAGAGGGACUUUGAGGGCAGUUACACUUGACAAAGCUCAGUAUUGAUGGAGUUAGAACUGUAUGGAUCUUCAGUGUUGUUGACUUGCAUUUUGUUACUGUAAUUCUAUCCACUGUUGCACACAGUUGUUAGUUUUAUGAGAGAUCUCAAGAAUGCCUGUUUUUUCCUAAACAUGAGAAUUUUG